AUGUCCAAAUUAAAAAAUGCCUUUUAUCUCUCUCCAGUGAACUCCAAGCCCCUGACGUUCGACGAGGUGUACAACCAGAGCUCACCCACCAACUGCACGGUGUACUGCGGCGGCCUGACCACCGGCCUCACUGAGGAGCUCAUGCAGAAGACCUUCCAGCCUUUUGGCACCAUUCAGGAGAUUCGGGUCUUCAAGGACAAGGGAUAUGCGUUCAUCAGAUUUUCAACGAAAGAAAGUGCUACCCAUGCUAUCGUGGCAGUCCACAACACCGACGUCAACGGUCAGCCAGUGAAGUGCUCCUGGGGGAAGGAGUCCGGCGAUCCAAACAACGCACAAGCUCAAGGACAGCUCGGCGGCACAGCAUACAGUCCCUUCGGUGCCGCGUAUACCACCGGUGGUGUGCCCCCAGCUUCGUACUGGUACAACACAUAUCCUCAGCAGCUUGGCGGCUUCCUGCAAGGAGUCCAGGGUGUGCAGGGCUAUUCCUACGCGGGCCAGUUUGCGGGGUAUCAACAGCAAUACAUGGGCAUGGGUGGCGUACAGCUGCCGUGGGCGCUCGGAGGCGGAGCGGUGGGGGGCGUGGGGUCGGUGGGUGGUGUGGCCGCCAUGUCCCAACCUCCGCAGGUGCUCCACUAUCCAGUGCAGCACUUCCAAGUGCAGCCCGUAAGUGUUAACAGUAUAUAG